UUAGCCUGAGAGGGGAGUCCACUGUGACACACUGUACAUAGCAGACCUGCAGUGCGCUGGAGUGUAUUGAAUGGUGUAGCAUCCACACUGUCUAUGAGGGUGGGGUCCGGCUUUACUGGAACCUCAGACACCACGAGAGAGACGCCGAAGGAGAGAGGGAGAGAGAAAAGGAGAGAGGGAGAGAUUGCACCGGGAGAGGAAGACAACAAGGGAUGAAAGGAGACACCCCCGUGAACAGCAACAUGAGUGUUGGCCAGGCCAGGAAGCUGGUGGAGCAACUGAAGAUUGAAGCCAGCAUGGGCCGGAUCAAGGUGUCAAAGGCUGCCGCAGACCUGAUGGCCUACUGUGAUGCUCAUGCCUGCGAAGACCCCCUCAUCACCCCUGUUCCCACGUCCGAAAACCCGUUCCGGGAGAAGAAGUUCUUCUGUGCUCUUCUCUGAGAAGAGCGGAGAACUGACAGCAUGCAUCUACAAUGACACACGGGCGAACAGAGGCACACACGCAGCCACACUCAGAGCAUCGCUGAGACCAGAGGGCAGAUACAAUAAGGGACAGGGGAUAACAAGGUUAUGAGAGGGACACAGGAAAUACUUUGUGCGUUAUCUCUAGGUUUUGAUGUUUAUAUACACAAGACUCCGACUACUUUUGUGAAAUAUCAUGUUUUUUUUUUUUUUUUUAUUAUUUUGCCAUUAACUUCUUUCAGUGAUCAAUGUCGAUAGGUGCAUUUCUUUGAAUGUGGCCAAGGGGUUAUGCACACAAAUUAGAAAGGUGUGCGAAGACUCAUCUGAAAACUAAAUUACAACGGAGAAACGGUCAAUAUGAAAACCACCAAAGGCAGAGUAAGAAAUGUAUGGACAGACGGUAAACGCAGUAAACAGUACCAUCUUGCUGAUUCGAGUGGUUUCCACAUCUGAACGGAUUUUAUAAAAUGACUUACCUUCUCUAGCCGCGUUGCAUUCAUAGUAAGAUGCAAAAUUUUUUAUUUUUCUUACAGAAGACUGAGCUUGAUUUUACUAAGUUCAAGAUGCAGUUUCCACUUAAACGUCACAUCGCUUACGUUUAGGGGCAUUUUGAGCAGCGUUCCUUUCACAGGUCUCUUGGUAGCUUAGCAAAUAAUUUAAGUUGUGCAUUUAGAGCAUCUGUAGUCUAAUAUCUCUCACAAUAUGACAAAAGUAAUUGGAACCCCAAUAUCUGAUCAUAUUCUGUACCUCUACGCAACUAUCAAACCCAUUUGGAAACUGACAUGUACUAUUCCUUAUUAUACCGAUGAAGAACAAGAAAGCACAACCCUGGCAAUAUGCGUAUCUGUGAACCAAGUGUUUUUUUUCUUUAAACAAAUUAUAACGUAUCUUUGUAAAGAGGUAAUCUAUGAUUCGAGACACAAACGCGCACAUUUUGUUGGCUGCACAUUCAGAAGAACGUGUAGUGGAGAGCGGGGUGGAUUAGAGGGACAGCGUGUGUUUGUAUAAAAAAAUGUGUUUGGGGGCUG